AGUGUAUUAAAAGUUUUUUGAAAUAUUAAUUUAUUACUGAUUUAUUUAUUUGAAUUUAAUUUGUGUUACUUUAAUAUAUAAUAAAUUAUGACUCGUUAUGAUGAUAACCACAAUACCCGGCCAAAUAGGGCCGACAUUGAGAGUGGAAGUCAUGGAAAGCCUGUUAAAAGCGAUUCCGGAUUUCGACUCAAAUUCUGGAAGAAAAAGAAACCCAAAACGGAUGGCCAGACAAAUGUGGACCUAAAGGACGUCCGGAUCACUGAACACCUCAUUGAUGUGCACGAGGUUUGCGAACGACUCCAGACUCACCCCGAGAAUGGUAUUACGGAAAAGGAGGCGGCGUUUAGAUUGCAAAGGGACGGCCCCAACGCCUUUACCCCACCUAAACAAACAGCCUGGUGGAUUUUAUACUUACGGGAAAUGACCGGGGGCUUUGCGCUGUUACUGUGGUUCGCGUCCAUUGCCAGUUUCAUAGCCUUUGGCAUCGAGAAUGAGCCCCAGGAUAUGUAUUUGGGUAUAGUGUUGGCAUUGACUGUGAUAUUAACCGGCUCAUUCUCGUAUUACCAAGCUGCCAGUAGUAGUAAAGUGUUCAAGUCGUUUAAAAACAUGACACCACCGCAAACAACAGUGAUUCGCGAGGGUAAGCGCCGAUCGAUACCGGCCGACCAGGUGGUGGUGGGAGACCUACUAUACUGCAAAAGUGGGGACCGGGUGCCGGCCGACAUACGGGUGGUAAAGUCGGAGAGCAUGAAAGUGGACAACUCGUCCCUCACGGGGGAGUCCGACCCCCUUAGCCGUAGCCCCGACGUGGGCCACGAGAACGCACUCGAGGCUCGGAAUUUGGCCUUUUUCUCCACUAAUUGUGUCGACGGCAGCGGGUAUGGCAUAGCGGUGGCUACCGGUGAUCGGACAGUGAUGGGAGACAUCGCGCGGCUGGUGUCGGGCAUUAAGAGCGAGAAGACCCCCAUCGCCAAAGAGAUCGACCGUUUCGUGAAGAUUAUAACAGUGAUAGCCGUGGGAAGUGGUGUCAUAUUCUUCGCCAUCGCCAUGGCUUUCGGCUCCAAGUUCUUCGAGGCAUUCAUUUUCAUGAUUGGCAUCACUGUCGGCAAUGUGCCCGAAGAUUUACUGAUUAAUUACACUACCCUUACCGGUAAACCAGGUCUACUACCAGCACUUACCGUCGCGCUCACCCUAACCGCCAAACGGAUGGCCUCUAAAAACUGUUUAGUGAAGCACUUGGAGGCGGUCGAGACCCUGGGCUCCACGUCCACCAUAUGUACGGACAAAACGGGAACCCUUACCCAAAACCGGAUGACCGUAGAGCACGUGUGGCUGGGGUUCGGCACCCAUAGAGUGACGCACGAGCGUCAGGAGGUGGACAGACAGAUGGCACAGAUGCCGAACAACUGGUCGGCCUACAAGAGGUGCGCCAUUCUGUGCUCCCGUUCCGACUUCUCCGACGACAACCCGGACAUCAUGAAGAGGGCGUGCAAUGGGGACGCCUCCGAGACGGCUAUACUGAGGUUCAUGGAGUCCGUAGCGGGACCGGUAGUUGAUUACAGGGCCCGGCAUCCCAAAGUGGCCGAAAAGCCGUUCAGCUCCACCUAUAAAUACCAGUACUCCAUACAUAAGAGUAACGGCGCCGACAUAAACGCCAAUACCGUUCCCGCCAACGAUAGGCUGUCCAACUUUUUUCUGGUCAUGAAGGGAGCGCCGGAGCGUAUCAUUAAGUUGUGCACACUUAGGCUGUCCAACGAGGGACAUACCGUUCCCAUGGACGCGGGAUUUAUGGAGGAGUUUGAGGAGGCGUAUAGGGAGUUGGGAAGUAUGGGUGAGCGGGUACUGGCCCUCUGUGAUCAUGAUUUUACUCAGUUUGGCGCCGACUAUAAGUUUAAUGUGGAGGACCCCAGCGAGGACUUUGAGCUGGGUAACUUUAGGUUCUUGGGACUGGUCGCUAUGAUUGACCCGCCCCGGCCAACUGUCCCGGAUGCUGUAGCCAAGUGUCGUAGCGCCGGCAUCAAAGUGAUCAUGGUCACCGGCGACCACCCGAUCACCGCCCAGGCUAUCGCCAAAUCGGUGGGUAUAUUCUCGAACUCGCACCGGAACUCCACGAGUAUAACAGCGCCUGCCGUCGACAAAGUGGUCAACCAUAAGCGAAACACCCGGUCCAUUGUGGUGCCCGGGGAUGAGCUAUCAGAGAUGAAGGACCCGGAGCUCCGGGAGAUACUGGACGGGUUCGGGGAGAUUGUGUUCGCCCGGACAUCCCCGCAGCAAAAGUUACGUAUUGUCGAGAAUUGCCAAUAUUUGGGUCAAAUAGUGGCCGUCACGGGGGAUGGCGUUAACGACUCGCCGGCCCUCAAAAAGGCUGAUAUCGGUAUCGCUAUGGGCAUCACCGUACUAAUUAUGCAAUUAUUGACUAUAAAUACGAAAAGCACCGGUACUUACGGCCCACCACAUGGACUCCGCCAGACUCGUGAUCUGACUGCCCUCGGCAUCCCUUUCCAACAGGUAGGACACGUACGCCAACACAAACACCGAUAUAAACUCGAUGUAUAUGAUGAUCAACAGCUGAUGCAUCUGAUCCCUGACCACACCGGCCAACAGCUGCCAGGGCGGUAUAGGCCGGCGCUGACCGCCCGUCACCACCUGAAACACGUGGAACGCCCGGUGAAAGCCCCGGAGCGCCGACACCGCGAACACUUGGCUACCGUUCCGCGUGUCGGCUAUGAGUACCGUCGCCGACAGUACGAUAACCGCCAGAUCCAUGAGGUGCGACCCGACUCGCAGGUACCGGAGCUUACCCGCCAGGCCCUGGUAUGGGGGCCGACACCCGGACGCCCAUAG